GACAUGCUCCUGUGGAAGACAAAUGAUGGCGUCUGCAGUAACACUUCUGGUGUGUGUGUGUGUGUGUGUGUGUGUGUGUGCGUGUGCGUGUGUAUGUGUGUGUGUUGCAGAAAAGGACGUGUGCGAGUGGCGCGUGUGAGCGUAUGGGCUGUGGUGCCGGGUUAUAAUGUAGGACUUGGCGUGUGCAGACUGACAGGCACUUUCACUCUUAGCGCAGUGUCAGUGUGUGCUGCCAUUUUCUCCAUGUGGUUAGCAGAAAUACACACAGACACACACACACACACAGACUGAUGGCGCUGCAGGAAGUAAUCGUCGGCCGUGGAUGCUGCAGUGGCAGAAGUCGGUGCUGAACACCAAAUAGAUCUGGAGUGUGUAACCGUUCAAAGAGUUGCCUGUCUGGUUUAUGCAGCAAGUCAGGACAUGGAUAUUGUAGCAAUACAGCCAAAAAAUAACAAUAAUAGCAUCUGAAAACAUCCCAUGUUUGUGUUGAAAUAAUGUAAAAUUAUCACUUUAUGCUGUAGCUUUAAUCUAUAAAACAUGGGCGCGUUCUACACGUUAGCACCACUGUUUUUUGCAGUAAGUGGAGAGCAGAAUAUGAAUUAUGUGAGCAAUGUAACCUUGGACAACAAGUUCAACUGUGUGUUCUCUUUAAACGCAGAGCAAACAAAUCAAUUAUCUACUUAUAUCACAAUGAAGAGGCACUCAGAGCUGUGUAGGUUUAGGUCUGUCUAUUUGUAUUGUGUUUUUUUCUGUGAAGAAACAGACAGCACCGUUCACUAAAGGUGCCCACAUUGAACUUUCAGUUCUAAAGUAAAAGUUUACUUAUCUAAUGUUUUUUAAAAAAAAAAAAAAAAAAGCUAAAUUCAAACCGAAGUGUUUUAAACUUAGAAAAAUAUCCACAAAUAUAAAAUUAUUCCUCUGCAUCCAGACAACAUUAAAAUAUUCUGCACUAAUCUUAGAAGGGAACACCAGUCUGGGUAAUUAUGAAUUAUGACUUGCAGUAGUCAAGUCUGAAAGGUCGUCAGUGCAGAAAAUGGAUUCUCCAUUUCAGAUGGGCCUAAUUUUAGAUGCAAGUCAAAUAAGAAGCAAUUAACAAACAGAUUUAUGUGAGAAUCUAAUGCACAGUAAAAUAAAGCUGAUUACAAAUCCAGAUUUAUUGUGUGUGCUGCAGUGCACAUGGAAGACAGACAUUUUAUAUAUAAAUAAAUUCCAAAAUGUCAUGUCUGGAUGUAUUUCUGUCAUUUUGUAGCUGUUAAUAUCGAUACCAAGUGGUUGCAUGGACAUAGACACAGAUGACUAAUGACAAAAGGACUAACUGUUUAAAAUGAAUUUGAUGCCCUGAUUUUAAAUUUCAACACCUCAUGUUUUCAUCAAGUAAAAACCAUCGUACCAUCCAGUAUCCGGUAUGUAAUUACAUACAUUUUGUUCACAGUCUCUGUUAUGCCACUCUGUUAUCUUACUGUUAUUUCCAUCACAAUCGUCACAUUCACUUGCUGUAUCUUUUCCUCUCUGUCUCCCUCUUCCUCCUCCAUUUUCCCUAACAUCUCCUCUCCCUUUUCAGCAGCAUGACUAACCUCGACAUUAACUUAAAUCUGCAAAUGAGCCGGAAAAGGUGGCAGUUCGUAAUGUCAUAGCCUCAGUUCCCUCCACACUACAGUCAAGCAUUUCUCAGUAAGCUCCCCUUGAGCCUCAUUUCACAGAGUGCAUAUCAAGGGAACAGGAGACAUUCCGCUGCUGGUGGAGUCCAGGCAGCUACCACAACCUGUCCUCCCCUGGAGCCCUCCGAGUCUUCUACCUUAAGAAAGACUCUCCCACCAGUGAAUGGAAGGAGUGCCCUGAGUAUAUCCAUUCAAAUAGGGAGUGCUUCUUCGACGUAAACCACACGUCUGUUUGGAUCCCCUAUUGCAUGCAGCUCCGUGGCGAAAACGUCACCUAUUUCAACGAAGAUGACUGUUUCACUGUGGAGAAUAUUGUGCGUCCUGACCCACCAGUGUCUCUAAGCUGGACCUUGCUGAAUAUAAGUCCCUCCGGCCUCAGUUAUGAUGUCAUGGUCAACUGGGAGCCUCCACCCUCUGCAGACGUUGAUGCAGGCUGGAUGCGCAUUGAGUAUGAGAUCCAGUACAGAGAAAGAAAUACCACAAACUGGGAAGCAUUGGAGAUGCAGCCACACACUCAGCAGACAAUCUACGGUCUGCACAUCGGAAAAGACUAUGAAGUGCACAUCCGCUGCAGGAUGGUGGCCUUCACUAAGUUUGGCGAGUUCAGCGACUCCAUCUUCAUUGAAGUGACUGAGAUUCCUACCAAAGAGUCGACUAUCCCUUUCACAUUGGUUCUUGUUUUGGGGAUUGUUGGUAUCCUCAUACUCAUCAUGCUGAUAGUCAUCACUCAGCAGCAUAGAUUAAUGAUGGUUCUGUUGCCACCUGUUCCUGCACCCAAGAUUAAAGGCAUCGAUUCAGAGCUGUUGAAGAAGGGGAAGCUGGACGAGCUGAAUUUUAUCCUGACUGGUGGAGGUAUGGGUGGCCUGCCCACUUAUGCACCAGAUUUCUACCAAGAUGAGCCAUGGGUGGAGUUCAUCGAGGUGGAUGGGGAGGAUGGAGACAGUGGAGAGAGGGAGGACAACCGGGCCUCGGACACUCAGAGGCUCCUUGGUCUGCCCCAUCCUGUCAGCCACCACAUGAACAUGGGUUGCUCCAACGCCAUCAGCUUCCCUGAUGAUGACUCAGGUCGGGCAAGCUGUUACAACCCAGAUCUGCCCGAACAAGACACAUUAAUGCUGAUGGCCACCCUUCUGCCAGGUCAACCUGAGGAAGAAGAAGCUUCCUUCGACGUUGAAGAAAGAGCUCCAGCCUCCAGCGAAAGGUCCCUUGUCCAAGCCCAAACUGGAGGCCCCCAGACUUGGGUCAACACAGACUUCUACGCUCAGGUCAGCAAUGUUAUGCCCUCCGGGGGUGUGGUGUUGUCUCCUGGCCAGCAGCUCCGAAUCCAGGAGAGCACCUCAGCCACAGAGGAGGAAACACAAAAGGGGAAGGAGGAUGAAGACAGCAAGGAGACUGAAGAGCAGAAGCAAAAAGAGCUGCAGUUUCAGCUGUUGGUGGUGGAUCCGGAGGGAAGUGGCUAUACCACAGAGAGCAAUGUCCGGCAGAUCAGCACUCCCCCCAGCUCUGGCGAGGGGUACCAAACAAUCCACCCUCAGCCAGUGGAGACCAAACCUGCAGCCACAAUGGAGGAUAAUCAAUCACCUUACAUUCUUCCUGACUCUCCCCAGUCCCAGUUCUUUUCCCCUGUUGCAGACUAUACUGUGGUGCAGGAGUUGGACAGCCAUCACAGUCUACUCCUCAACCCGCCUCCCAACCAGUCCCCCCCUCCCUGCCUGCCACAGCACCCUCUGAAAGCCCCCAUGCCUGUAGGCUACAUUACCCCCGAUCUGCUGGGGAACCUUUCACCAUGAAGUGACAAUGCCAUCAGACCAUUAAAGCUGAUUGACCAGGAAGUCCCCCUGCAGUCACCCUACCUGAUUCCUGCUGGAAACCAAAUAACUUGUGCGUUGAUGAGCGUGUACAGGGGUCUGUUUUCAGAGGCUGCUGUAAGGGAGGCGUGAGAAGCUGCGAGCUUAACUGUUACAUCAGUUGAUCCGAUGCAGAGGCGGCCAAAAGUGAACAUCACAAACCAAAUGCACAGUUUGCUCUUUGUGUCAACAUCCAUGUAUGAUUGUAAUGAGUCAAACAAGGCAUCUUGUCCAUGCUUAACUGCCUUAGAUCGCAUUACAUCUUUGGCUAGUGUUGUGUAGAGCAAUGGCGUUGUUGAAGUCUUAAUCUUACAGAAUGAUUUCAGUGUAUGACUGAUGGAAGGAAGACAAGCACAUUCUAGUCAUGUUUUCACGCCACACAGAGGAGUCAUUGCUGGCGCUGAUACCGUUUGCGCCUCAGAGGUUUUAUAUUCUUAAGUUUCUUAUCUCAUCUUAUUAGUAUCUCACUAGAGAUGUAUUUUUAAACAACAAAACGCCAAUCCAGUACACUGUUAAACACAGCUAUGCAGAUUUACCUUGCAUUCCUGGCUUCAUUUUAUCUACACAGAAGAUGUUCAUAUUUUUACGAAUUACUGGCCAAACUUAGAUUAUAUGAUGUUAAGAUUUGUAUUCUGUAGCUAUAACUUUAAUAGAAGAAACACUUUCACCAACUGAAUGUACACACAGACAGACACAAACAGUCAGGGCAACAAAUACCAAUAAGAAAGCAAAGUCAGAAGAAUCGACAUGUGUGAUCAAUAUUCUAGCUCUUUCUUUCCUUGGGGAAUGUUGACAGGCAGUCUGGGAAAUGAAGGAAGUAGCUAUCUGAAGUGGACAUGAAAGAGUCAGAUAAAAGGGAAAUUAAAAAAAAAAAAACAAAAAAAAAAAAACACUUGAUAGACUAAUUCCCUGAUUAAAAUGUCCCAGUGUGGAUUUUUCCUCUUAACCUGAGGUUGUUUAUUUCCAUUUUAUUUUAGCAGUAUCAUCAAAACACACGUUAUUUACAGCAGUGAAGUGCGGCUCGCACAGUACGGGGCUGUAUCCAUUCAGAUUAACUCACAGCUGGGAGCCGCUCUGCACAGACUGUGCUGUAGAACACAGAGCAUCACCAAGUGCCUUGCUAGAGGGCACGGGGAAAUAGACACACACCUAACAAUUUACAGAAUCCAGGUGUUGCAUCACAUUUAACAGUCUCCCCUUUACAACCAGCACUCAGUCAUAAUCUGUUAAACCUUAACCAUCAAGCUUUCUGCUUGGGGAUUGUAUUCUUGUCACAUUGUAUUGUUACUGCAGGGACAGCAACUGGAACAAGUUGAAAGACUGUGAAAGUAUGUAAUAGAUGUAAUUAGCUAACAUUUUAUACUUAUUAUCUGCCAAGUAUACCAUGUUAACAGCCUGUGCCUAUGAUAGUGUAAUUAGUUGGCCAUUCCUGUGCUAUGGUACUAUGCUUGCGUAAUUACGGUUUGUACAUUUAUGCAUUGCUAUGUGCAGACACGUAUUGCUGUGUAUAGUUAAACUGGUAUAUAUUUCUGUGCACAGAUUAACUGAUAAAAAUGCACAUCCACAAACACAGUAACAUGCAUGCAUACAUGCAUAUAUAUAUGCACAACACAGAAAAUUUGCCUCAAUUAUAUAUGUCAUUUUGCCUUGCUGACAUGGUCAGAAAAAUUACGAGCGCAAAAUUGUUCAGCACAAAACCAUAAUUUGCAUGUUUCCGUUAUGCUCGUAAAGCUGACAACAAUUUUCAAACCAGAAAUGUUUAUAAGGGCUCGAACUGGAAGUCACUGAGUUCCUAGUUCAGGUCUGUUAGAGCUACAUACAGACAGGUACAUAGAUCUUAAUAUUUUUUCCUCUAAACAGCUGAUUCUGACACAAAAGGUCUGUAAUUAGGCAGGGAUUUUUUGUUAGCGUGUCCAAAUACUUUGCUUAGAAAUGUCAAAUUCAGGGCAUUAUUUAGACAGAAUUUGUUGCUUAAUCAAUUAUUUAGCAGCAUUAGCUUAUAGUAUAGACUUCUUGUUGGGUUAUUGAGAAUGUAAACUUUUGUAUAAUGGUCUAUUAGAGAUAGCAGAGGAGCCUUUUGUAAAGGUUCUAGGCUCCUCACGUGUUUUCAUCCUAUGAAUUCUGUCAUGAAGACUUGACAAUAUGCGUGCCACAAACACGACAGCAUAGCACGCUGUGUAUAUAAGCGGUCUGAAAAUAGGCUAAUAGAGCUUGUCUUGUAUGCAUGGUUUUGUGAUACAACACAGUGGACUGUCAUUUUCAACAAGUCCGUGAAUGAAUCCGAGGCAUUGUUAUUGCAUAACAUCAAUGCAGCCUCCAAAUGAACACUUCUUGCCAAAAGCAAACGAUACUUUACAGUGCAAAAGAAACGUAUCCAGCCUUAUAUAAUUAUGUUGUUUUGAGCUCAUCCUUGAGAUAGGUAGGUUAAUGACUUGGAUAGAAUUGGUCUUUUGUAUAAGACAAUCCCAUAACAAAGAGAGACAAAGCAAGAGCCAUAAAAUGACAGUUUUGAAAAAUGUGAAUCUGUUAAAUAUGUGCCAUUUCUCUGUUUAUGUCUUCGUCUGUCUCUCUCUUAUCUUUGUUGAAAACUCAGUGUUCUGUUGUUGCUGCCUAGUUGGGAUGAUACCAGCAACUCAGUGCUGUUGCAGAAAUGUCUUAAUAUAUUUACUAGUGCUGUAAAAUUACAAGUAUAUAUUUUUAUGUCAUUAAUGUUACUAGUCACGAUAUAUUGCUGCUCGGUACAUGUAUUUUUCCUACAUUUAGCCUUACUGUGGUGGGAAGGGGUCAGUCCAGAGAGUGCGCCGAUCACUGUAUUGUGUGCUAAGUGUUUUGUGAUAAAACUUUCAAAUUGGAUGAGACCAAUAUCUGAAAAUGGUCUGUGGCCUGAAGGUAUGAUUUGGUUCAGUUAUCAGGAGCAUUACAGUGGGACAGUUGACAGUGUUCAUACCUAUCCACAGAUAACCAGAAGGUGCUCUGUGUAUAUGAAGGAGGAUCGGAUAAUGGACAAAGCACUGUUGAGGUUCAGUUUCAUUUAUGUCAUGGUGAUCGUGAAUGUGUACAAACCUGGAAUAUGCAAUGCAAUUAUAUUACUGAGGAAAAGUUGUUUUAAAAAAAAAAAAAAUGUCUGAAAGUGUUUUUACAUGAGAUCGAUAUUGGGUGGUGCUUUUUUUUCUUCAUGCUUACUGUACAGAUGUUUACUACAUUGAAUUAUUUUUUUCCAGUUCACAAUGAGCUCAUUCACAAUGUCGUGUAAAAAAAAAAAGAAAAUUGCAAGUGUUAUUUCAAGCUUUUAAAUGUUACAGACACUUUAGAGGAAGCACUUUGUACACAUAUAUAUCUGGUGUUUAAAACAGUAUUCAGAUUUUGUAUCUCAUCUAAGUCAAACGUGUGAAUUACUUGUUGCUAUAAAACAGCUUUAUGUUUUGUAGUCCGCACAAUAAUCAAGACAGCGAGGAACUUUCGAUAUCAAUAAGCUUCAGUUUUUGUUCUACAGAGUUUAUGUUUAUAGAACGUAUUUUACACUAACAGAUUGCUAGAAUGAUGUACUGUAAUGGAGUAUUUCAUAUUUGCUAUAAGAUUUAUGGAUAGGUAAAGCAGAUAGGUCUUUUAUGAAGUCAUAUCAAAAUAUAGGCAGAGUGACAUAGUUAUAUUGUAACUCGACACUCUUAUUUUUCUCCCACUUUGUGAUUUCAGCAUUUCAUUAUUGAGAAGUGCAUUUUGACGGGGGUCAAGUAUUUUAUAAUGAUGUGUUUUGGCCCUCCAGUCUCUCGGUUUUGCAUCAGCUCUAGAGUGGCUUCUGUCGCUCUAUUAGGUCUGGAAGUAAUCAUGCUGGAAUUUGUGCUGGUUGUAACUCUUUAUCAAACAAAGAGCCCUGAGCCGCACAUUUUUCAGCUUGUUAAGGAAAUGGUUUAAUUCUUGACUUGAGUACAGCGGUAUACAGUUUGUUAUUUUUUUUUCAAUGACAUUCAGUGGCUCCGCUCUAUAUUUCUGUCCAUGUGUUAUUUAUUUGUCUGUGCAGAGCCCCUUAAAACUCCCACUCCCCACUUUAUCUGACAGUGAACAGGGUGGCAUGGUUAAUGUCAUCCCUGCCAUGUGUCAACCAGGCUCAUAAAACUGGAAAUAUUCGACAUGCAACACUCUGCAUUGUGGUCUCAAGUGUGAAAAACACCGCAAUUCAUCAAUUUGCCUUGACUUCAUUUCUUAAUAUGACUCCGUAUUUUCGUGCCAUAAUCAUAUUUUCAGACCUUCCCUUGUCCUCGGAGCCACUGUCCUUGUCUGUCAGCUGCUGUUUUACUCAGCGUCAAGAACUGUUGUUGAUCUUUUGAUGAUUUGAUAUUGUUCUCUUACCAAUUGAGCCUUUCUGGUGUCGUAUGUGUGAUCAAUAAGCUCUCGACAAGUUAGACAAUAAAUAUACAGCAUCUUGUGCAUUA